AUGGUGUUUGAUGUAAUUUUGACAGCCACCAAUUCUAAGCUCUCAAGUCUCAACCCGGCCCGAAACUGGCGCCUCCAGGAUUCGAAUGGGGAUAGGCUCCUGUUCGGUGAUGCGGACAAGAUCGCAAUCGAAAGGGGUGGAUCGCUGCGCCCACGCGGCUCUGCUGGGUCCUUUUGCGCAGUUCUGCACGCGAAAAGCCGCUACUUCCAAGUCUCGAUGAAGGAAUGGCGUGACAAGAAAGAGAUUUUGAAAUCAGUCAAGCGAACGGCGGUUGGAGAUGCGGCGGAGGAAGACGCUGAUUAG